GUCCGAAACAAACACUUGGUCACACCGACCAGGGUGUGAGAAUGUUGCUUGCAGGUGCUCUCCGUGUCCAAAAUGUGCAUGAGCCAGGUCCUUAGUCAACUUAAAGUUGCGCACAUUUUCCUGCUACGUUUUUUUUUUUAUAAAUCUUAAAGUUUGCAUGGAAAGUAGCUUACACAGUUUUCCGACCCCGUUUUGUGUGUAAGCAAUGAGGAAAAUGAAUGAGGCCCCAGCUCCCUAGGACACGGCCACCUACCCUGAGCUAAAGUUACUGUCUGCUGCAGAGAAACUCCGGAGUUAUAAAUAAAAAUAUCCCAUGAGAAAAAUUAUUGUAUUGUGUUCAUUUGUGUUAUGCAGUCACAAAUAUCCCACUAAAAUUGCCCUGAUUUCAUUAUUUACUGAUGCCAUCUGUUCUCUUGAUCGUAGGUGAUUCUUUGGUGUCAGCAGCUGGGUCUUCUCUUGUGCUGUCAUCAGGACCUUCCAGAAGAAUGUGCCUUUGAAGAAUUUCUCCCUCCUCUAAACAGUUAUUAAUAUUUUGUUUUAUUAAUUAAAUAAAUCUCACUUAAUAUAUUUCUUGUUUUUGUUCAUGCCCAUAAAUAUUUAAACACACACUUGAAUUAAAAAUGAGCUUUUAACAGUGAAGUGCUAAUUUAACUCAUCACAUUAGAGCUAGUUACACGUGCAUCAAGGUGAUGAUAAUUUAAUAAAUGUGAUUUAUAAAUAUCCAUUAAAAUAUAAACAAAACUGGAAUUAAAAUGAGAAAUUUUGGCAGCACAAAGAACUUGUCAAACACAAUAUUUAUUAUAAUAAUUUUAGGGAGACAGCUGGAUGGAGGUUCUCAAGUCAUCGAAGGAUGGCCGAAGGCUUUCCGGGAACAGGAGAUGUGGUGUUGUCUUCAAGGAGAGAGAGAUUACCAAAGAUCUGUAGAAAACAAAAAUGUAUGUUUCAAUAAAAGAAAAAGGAAAGCCAUGGCCACCAGAUUAUUAAUUCUGCCAGGUGAGCUGGUAGGUUACAGGUGUGUGAGGAUGUACUCAUGUUCAUGUUCUCUGCGGCCUCGUGCCUACGACCGAAUCACACCAGUGCUGAUAUUCAGCAACAGUGCACUUCCUCUCUUGUGAUAUUGCUUAAAUUUAUACUUGUUAUCAGCAAAAAAAGUAGAUUUUGAUGUGACUUGCUCUUUAAAUAGAGGAAAUGACAGUUGUCCAGAAAUUAGCUAAGGUUACCAGAAAUUUUUAUAGGUUUUUCGCAUAUGAACUUCACUGGUUAAAUUUCAUAGAAUUUUUAUUUAUUAUUACAUUUGUCAGAUUGAAGUUAUGUCUAUGACUAUUGUGAUUUUUUUUUUUAUAUUGACCAAAGGGUACCAACAUUUUUGUCCACAUCUGUAGCACUGCUUUGCCUAUAUUUGUACACACAGCAUAUGAUAUUUGCACGAUGCAGAACAUUUAGUUAUUGUCUCACUGGCAACUAGACUUUUACAAACUAAUUGCCAAAAGUUCAGUAAUCUUCAGGAAGCAGCUUGAAGCUUUUAUCUUUAGAUGACUCAUCUUAUUACAACAUUAUUUUUCUUUUUGUCAGGUGUGGCAUUACUUUGGAGGGCUCGUUUCUCUGAAUUGGAAUAUCUUGACCAGGAGCCUCUUCAUGCCUACUAAUCCUAGACGAGUUUCUCAAUGGACACUCUGCUGAAGUCUGAGAUCAGGAAGGGACUGGUGCUUCGGUAACAGUGGAAGGAUUGUCCAAGUCAGCUCUGAUAAAGAGCUUGUCACCCAGAGUUAUUUUAUCCAAUCAUCUCUUAACAAAGGGGACCAAAAUGAGGGUCAACCUUGAAGAUCAGAGCCGUCAGAAAGUGUCCUUCACCUUCUCGCAGACAAAGAAGCCUCUUCAGAGUUCGUUCUUCAUCCACACUAGUCCUGAAACAGCUGUUACUGAACUUCACUCUCCUUCGUCACAGUUAUCGUCAGAUAAAGAGGGGAAAAAUAUGGGGAGAAUAAAGCAAAAGCAGACACACUUGGUGUCAGAGACUAACCCAGAGACACACUCUCAAUCAUCAAUCUCUUCUUCAACUAGACUCAAAAAAAGUUUAGCAAAUAUGCAUUUUAAGAAGCAAAUUCUUUGUGUGUCUGUGACUGAGGAGAAACCAGCACCUUCUGGAUCAGAAGAGCCUCACACCUCUGAACAGCUUCAUGCCUCUGAACUGAACAUUUUGCCUAAAUCAACAGCUAAGAUUUACAUUGAAUUCCCAGGGCUCGAACCACAAAAUGUUAUCAGCCCCAGUGAAAGGGCUCAUAUUCAAAUUUCUGAGAUAAAGGAAGUCCCCAGCCUAAAGAAGUCCUCCAUUUCCUCUGGAAAGGAUGGUGAUAGUUCCAGAAGUACUAAUCUCGAAAAUAACGUGAACAAAAGGAAAACCAGGUCACAGUCCAGUAGUGUUCCUCUUUGCUCAGAAUCCUAUGUAGAUUUAGCCCACAUGUCUUCCAGUCACAAGUCUGAUGAUUCAAAAAACAGAACAAACACUGAUAGAAUCAAAGAGAAAAGCUCCUCCUCUAAUUCACAUGUUGGGGAAAGAGAAAAGAAGUCCUCUAAGCGUUCGGAGAAUCAUGAAAGGUCUUCUAGUUAUUCCAAAUCGGAGCGAGAUUCUAGAAACAUGUCCUCACGCUCGUCUCGAACAGACAGGGAUCGCCAUAGGUCCAGGUCUAGAUCACGAUCUAGAUCCAGGGGGUCUCGAACAAGUUCAUCUCACUCCAGAUCAGAGAGAUCCAGAUGUGACAGAGGAUCUCGCUCUGAAAGAUCAUAUUAUCAUGAGUUUGAUCGGCGAUUGCACAAGGGUUCUCCUUCCAGAAAGAGGAGACGUUCUCGUUCCCGCACUGACAGAACUUGGUAUAGUUCUGACUCUGAAGAAGACCACCGGAGAUUGCGGACAAGGACAAAUGUGUGCAACCGGUCGUCCAACUACUCAAGCUCCCAUAAAGUGUCACAAUCAUCUUCCCACUCAAAAUCAGAGAAAUCUAUGAAGUCUGAAGAUUCUUCUCACUCCUCUGAGUUAAACAAGAAAAUGCAUUCAUCAACGUUUGAGAGGACUUCAAAGCAUUAUUCAGACUCAGAUUCCCAACACAAGUGCUUUCCUGAGUUGGACUCUAGUAACCGCAAAUCUAGUGGACAUCAUAAAUCCGAGACCAGCAUCAUUUCUUCUGCUUCCAGUAAUCAUUCCCACUCUCAAACACACAACAAGCACCAAAAAUGCACUUCCAGUGACUCGGAGGGAGAUCAUAAAGCAAAAUUGCAUGCAUCUGACAAAUGUGCAAACUCUUUAAAGAAAUGUGGAGACUCUCGGGGGAAUAGCAGUUGGUCAAAUUCAAAGAAGCCAACCUCCCAUAAAACAUCUGUGAGAUCUCCUAGACAUGUUACACAAUCUAUUGACUUGGCUCGCAGUGCUGAGAAAUCACCACUGGGUGCACUUGGCACAGAAUUGUGUUCUGAAGAUGAACAAGAAAAGUCGGAAUUACAUGAAGGUGAGAAUGAACCCAGUGAUGUUAAGGAGAUGGUCUUAUCCACUGACAAACGUUUACAAGGAUUUUUAAGUGAAGCAAGGCCAAGGCUUGAAUUGGAAAAUAAACAUACAUCAAGUGAUAGUCUAAAGCAUGGAAGCAGUCCUGAAAAUCUGCACAAUGUGGUGUCUGAUUUAGUCUCAAAUAAUCAACCGAACGUUUAUUUAAAUGCUGGCAUUCUGAAUUCUAACAAAAGUGAUGAAAAGUCAAUAGGUGUCGAAGACAAGAAAGAUGUAGCCUGUUUAGAAUCACCCAAACCUUCUCUGGAUUUUUUAGAUUUACCCAUCACACAGGAGGUUCACCAACUCACUAAACCAGAAGAGUCAAAUAUAACUGCUAUGAGUCAGUCUGACACAACUGUGCCAUUCCCAUCUGAGUUGCCAUGUCUUGAAACUGAGAAUCAGUUGUCUGUGGAUGAUGAUAAAAAGAGCAUCUCUACCACCAGAAAGUCCCGGUGGGAUAUUGUUGGACAAAAAAUAUGUGAUGGUGACGGUUCAAACAGAUCUGCUUGUGCAGAAAUGAAGCCUGCAGUGAAAAAGGUGGUAUCCAUUAGGAAAAUAGAGUUCCCUAAAAACAACAACAAACAAGAGUCUUACAGUGAAGAAAUUGUUCAUUCAGGAGACGCGACACAUUCCAGACUAAUAAAUGAGAUGGAGACCUCUGAGCAGAAAGGCUGCUCACACCGCAUGUCCUUUAUCUGUACAAACGAAGACCAAAGUAAACGUUCACAAGCAAGCACCCACAUUUACUCAGAACUUCCUGCUUCUCAGCAAUCAAACUCAGAUGAGCCUCUCCAAAUAAACGAAAAAUUUUCACACAAUACCUUGGCUGCAGAGAUGCAAACCCAUAUCAGAUCUGAUGAAAACAAACACAGAGAGAGCACCCACAGCAACAGAAAGAGUAAAAUAACACCAGCCACCCAGGAUGGGUCAGCGCUACUCAGUGAUGACAGUGACAACUCUGCGUAUGAUUCAGAUUGCGAAAAGGCUUUAAAACUGUUUCACUCUGUGGUGGCGAUACCAAAGCAUUCUUUUCUGAUAGAAGCAUCAGAUCUCAGGGACGAGUCUACACACUCUCCAGUUAUCAUUUCCAACCAGCCCAACACUCACCAGGUUAGCUCACAGAAAACACAACCAACAUCCAGGAGUGGUGUAUGUGCGUCUCCAAACAGCAGUGCGUUGUGUCAGUCCCAAAGCAAUAUGAUCGACAGCACCAGUCACUCAGAAGGCUCUGGCUCCAGAAGUGCCCAGCUCUUUGUGGUCAGUCAUGUCAGUGAAACCGAUUCAACCCACUCGCCUGAUAAUUCCAGACAGUAUGAGGAUAGACUCAGGCUGCAUGAGGUUGGUAAUAACCAGACACACUUGCAUUACCAACAUGAGCAUUUUCCUGGGUUUGAUGGUAUAAAUGACAAGAAUGAUUUCAGCCAGGUCCAGGUUUUUUUUCAAUCGGAACAGCCUUCAAGUACGUGCCAGCAGCCUGACAGCAGCCACGAGCUGCAGGUAACAAACACGAACCUGACAGGAGCUGUUUCCAGAGAGCAAAGUGGCACAAAAUCUUACCUCCAUCCACACGAUCGGGAACCUUUUACUGAAAUCCACCCUGAUUCACUUACUAAUGACUAUGAGGACUACAGCAAAAAUGAAUCAUCGUUGAAUCUUAAUAAAAGAGCUGCUGAAUGCUGUGAGCUUCAUCCUACAGGAUCAUUGAGCUUUGUACAAGCUCAUGAAAUUAGCAGCAACAGCAGGGGCCCUGCUGUAUCUGACCCCCUUCAAGAAAGCAAUUUGAGACCCCACAGAGGCAGAGGACCUCCCAAGAAAAGACGUCCAGAAAUCGAGUCAGACUCCGACAAUGAGGCAGAAGCUGGGCCUUUGGGCAAAAGGGAGCGUCAUGCAGAUGCUGCUGUUUCUAAGGAAACAGUGGUUAAAGCUGAUGGUCUUCGGCCGUCACUGUCUCUGCAGGACUUUCAAGAUACAAACAAAUGGAAAGAGUUGUCCAAAACUAAAACAAUGCCCCCCUACUUUGACUUGAUUGAGGAGAACCUCUACCUAACUGAAAGAAAGAAGAGCAAAUCUCAUCGAGACAUCAAAAGGAUGCAGUGUGAGUGUCCAGUGUUGUCAAGAGAAGAUCGCGCAAAAGGAAUGUUUGCUUGUGGGGAAGACUGUUUGAAUCGACUCCUGAUGAUUGAAUGCUCAUCGCGAUGCUUCAACGGAUUGUACUGUUCUAACCGCCGCUUCCAGAUGAAACAGCACGCAGACUUUGAGGUUAUCCUCACAGAAGAUAAAGGCUGGGGGCUGCGUGCAGCUAAAGAUUUACCUCCAAACACAUUUGUCCUGGAAUACUGUGGAGAGGUGUUGGACCACAAAGAGUUCAAAACGAGGGUUAAAGAAUAUGCUCGCAACAAGAACAUUCACUACUAUUUUAUGGCUCUGAAGAAUAAUGAGAUUAUUGAUGCAACACUGAAGGGAAAUUGCUCUCGAUUCAUGAACCACAGCUGUGAGCCCAAUUGUGAGACCCAAAAGUGGACUGUUAAUGGUCAGCUUCGAGUUGGGUUCUUCACCACCAAGACUGUCACUGCAGGAAAUGAACUGACGUUUGACUACCAGUUUCAGAGAUACGGAAAAGAAGCACAGAAAUGUUUCUGUGGGGCGCCCAGCUGCAGAGGCUUCCUUGGUGGGGAGAACAGAGUCAGCGUUCGAGCGGCAGGGGGGAAGAUGAAGAAAGAUCGCAAUCGAAAGAGUGCUCUCACCACGGUGGAUGAGGAACUCGAGGUGUUGCUGGAGAAUGGAGAGGGUCUGUAUGAUGAGAAGCAGGUGGUGUCUCUCUGCAGGCUGAUGGUCCGAGUGGAAACCAUGGAGCAGAAACUUAUCUGUCUCAAGCUCAUACAAGAUACACAGAACCAAUCAAGCCUGAAGCAGUUCUUAGAUCAUCACGGGCUGUCUUUGUUGUGGAUCUUCAUGGGGCUCUCUGAGGGUAAAGGCGAAAGCACCAACAACAUCAAGCUGCAAAUAGAGAUUAUGAAGACCCUGGCUGUGCUCCCCAUCUCUACCAAGAACAUGCUGGAGGAGAGCAAAGUCCUUGCCCUUAUUCAGCGGUGGGCUCAGACGAAAACUCUUCCUCAGCAAGCUGAGAUGGAUGGCUACUCCAGUGAGAACACCUCCCGAGCCCAAACUCCACUCAACAUUCCUGACGGUUCCUCCACCAAAAUGGCACCAGAACUGGACAGCGACACCUCCAAACCUGCUGUAUACCAACGCCUUAAAAUUGUGAGUGAAAAUAGCCUGGACAGCGCUCUGUCUGAUGCUAGCAAAGCCUCUGACGAGAAGGAAGAAGAGGAGGACGAGGAGGAAGAGGAGGACGAUGAUGAAAAGUCUCAUGCAGAUUUUUCUGAAAGAAAAAGGUUGAAAGAAGCAGCAAACCGAACUAAAGUGUCGGUGGAGGAGUCUGUGAAAGAGAUUGUGGGAGAAAAACUGGAAAAGAUGGAGACUAAUUCAAACGAUCAACAACAACUUGAGAAUAUGGUCAGUAUAGACAAAAAUGAGUUUGAUGUGGAAAAUAAGGCUACAGAAAUUAAGGAAGACAUAAGAGUGGCUGAGGCAGAAGAAGUCGAGGUAUUAAAAUUUUCUUGUGAAGAACAGGACGGUGUACAACGGCAGAGCAGCCAGAUCACACCAGAUGAGACUGAAAUGGAAGAAGAAACAUCUAAUCACAAAAUUGAAUCAAGCGGUCAGUCCAGUCAAACGAUUGCUGCUAAUGGUCCAGCUGAGCAACCAUCAGCAUCUGCAAAGACUCAAGAGGCAGAGAUGCAUCCUCCGAGCAGCGAGCUACACCUUGGUGAAUCUACCACCGAGGCCGCCUUUAGUUCAGAGACCCCAAAGGUUGCAGUCGUCUUGGAGGUCAAAGCAAUGCAGGUAGAGGCAUCAGUGAUAGGAACUCCUUCUCAGGAUGAAGAGGAGGGCGUCUCAGAUGUGGAAAGUGAAAGGAGUCAAGAGCCUCAACUCAGUGCCUUAGACAUAAGUGGGAUGGCUGGUAGGCUUCUGGAAAGCUGGAAGGAUCUGAAGGAGGUAUACAGGAUACCAAAGAAGAGCCAGGUGGAAAAGGAAACAAGAGAUCUCAGCCGAGAUCGAGACACGUCCAUGACUCCACACCACACUUCAGGCAGCCGAGAUAGAGAACGGGAGCGAGAGAAGGAUAGAGAACGUGACAGAGAUCGAGAUUAUGAUCGAGACUGGGACAGGGAGCGAGAUCGGGACAGAGACAGAGAACGGGACAGGGACAGAGUCUCAGACAAAACUCCACGUAGUUCUGAGCGGCGACGAAGGCGCUCCCUGUCUCCGCCACCUUCAUCCUAUGAUAGAAGCAGCCGACGUGCCGAUGAACGGUUUGACCCAUCAAACAGCAAGAUGUCGAGGGGAGCUGGUGGUAAGGAACGCAAUAAGCUGUCCACAGAGGAGCGAAGGAAGCUGUUUGAACUGGAAGUCGCCCAGAGGGAAGCUCAGAAGCAGAUACAGCUUCAGCAGCAGCUCCAGACUAUGGUUUAUGAUCCUGCUUUAACCUAUGUGUCCAGCCCCAGCUUCAUCACCUACCCUCCUGGGUACCCCAUACAGACCUUUGUGGACCCCUCCAACCCUAAUGCAGGCAAAGUCCUCCUCCCUACCCCUCCUGUUGAACCAACCCUUACCUAUGAUCAGACUUCUCCUCAGCGCCAUAUCUCAGACCUGAGCGUGUCCUCUCCAUCCUCCACACCCCAGACAACAUCAGUCUCUAAUCUCUCUCAGCACAUCACCACCACAGACCUCAUCAGCAGCACCCCUCAGCAGUAUGUCCAGCAAGCUGUAGCAACACAGGAGGCUGGGCUAUCUGUUCUCUCGGUGCCGACCCAGUCAGCCCCUCAAGUGCAUGGCCAGCAGAGCUACACCACUCUCUGGGAUCCAAGUACCCAGCAGGCUGUGGCAGUGCAAACCCAGCCAGCUCAGCAGUACGCCACAGCUCCGGGACCAGCUCAGACUCAGACGGCCAUCUAUUACCAGGGUCAACCAUGCCAGACGAUCUACAGCAUCCCUGCUGCAUAUCCUCAGACCAGCACUCCUGUCAUUCAGGCCUAUACAGAGCCCACAGCCAGCUACCUACAUGGGCAGCCAGUGUAUCCUGGCCAUCAGCAGGGAGUGGUGGUGCAGCAGGGAGGCACCGUCACCACCAUCGUCACAUCCCAAACCCUUCAGCAGGAGUUGAUUGUACCCAACAAUGUGAUCGACCUGCCUCCUCCCUCUCCUCCAAAACCCAAAACAAUUGUCCUACCUCCUAACUGGAAAGUGGCCCGGGAUCCUGAAGGCAAGAUUUACUACUACCAUAUUGUCACGAGACAGACUCAGUGGGAUCCACCCAACUGGGAUGGAAGUAGUGAAGGAACCAGCGUAGACCAUGAAUCUGAGAUGGACCUGGGAACACCCACCUACGAUGAGAAUCCUUCCAAGUUCUCUACUAAGACAGCUGAAGCAGACACUUCCAGUGAAUUGGCGAAAAAAAGUAAAGAGACAUUUCGGAAAGAGAUGUCCCAGUUCAUAGUGCAGUGCCUGAAUCCUUAUCGGAAGCCCGACUGCAAAUCUGGUCGCAUCAGUAACACUGAGGAUUUCAAACACCUGGCGAGAAAGCUAACGCACGGAGUCAUGAAUAAGGAGCUGAAGGCUUGCAAGAACCCUGAGGACCUUGAGUGCAAUGAGAAUGUUAAGCACAAGACCAAGGAGUACAUCAAAAAGUACAUGCAGAGAUUUGGCUCCAUGUACAAGCCCAAGGAGGACACGGAGGUGUACUGACAGGUCCAGAACGUUCUCGAUUCCUCACACAAGGAAUAGAACAGAUCUGCCUUCCGAUUCACUCCUACAUGUUUGUUCUGGCCAGCCUAAACAGUGAAGCAGUUGUAUUUUUAAAAUGUUUUAUUAUUUAUGUGGAAGAAUUGCGUUGCGUUGCGUUGCGUCAGGUCUCUACAGACACAGACUCCACAGAGGUGCAGUUUUUGCAAAGGAUGACACUGUUAAGGGCUACAGAGACAAGCGUCUUCACAGGAUGUCUUGUUUUUCAUUUAUCAGAGACUCUUAGAUGUUCAACUCUUCUCACUGCAAAUGAGGAUUAUUAAAUGAUUCAUUUGUUGUUUUUUAUUUAUUAUCUUUCACCUGUUUAAAAAUGGUCCAGUUCUCGAGCUUAUUUCCUUCCCCCCACAAAAAUCUCCUUCCAAUGACUUAAAUAUCUGGUGCUGCUCUUAACUGAGUCGCUUCCUUUCUUUUCUUUUUCUCACCACAAGACGUUGAAUUCUCUCUCUUUUUUAUUAAUAUGAAUGCAUGGUAUGAGCUGAAGUCUGAGUGAUAUCUGCAUGAAAAAUCUAUUUUCCAUGUUUCCUCACUGGGAUUUACUUUUUACACAGUAAACUGAGGGCUUAGCUGUGGACAAGUUGGACAAGUGGUCAGUGAUCAGUACAUUUUUCUUCUUUUAGUCAAUUUGAAAUGAAAUAACUAUAGGGUUUGAAAUUCAUUGAUCAUUUUUGCGUGUAUGUUGCCUUUCCAAACCCAGCUUGUUCCUCGUAGUGAUGAUACAAGAGUGAACAUUUUAGCUUGUGUGUUCUGGGGUUUUUUUAUUACUGUUAGCUCUAAUUCUGGAGAUCCUCUGGUUACUUCUCAAACUCGAUAACGUUCCAAGAUUUUUACAAUAAUGUUUUAAGCAUUAGCUCACAGAUUUUUUUCAGUCUCAUUAAGUUGCAUUAAACAAAUAUAUGUAUAUUGAUUUAUUUGUGAAUAUACUGAAUAUUAUUAGUUUUGGGGAUGUUUAAAUAAACAGACUUGGUAAAAGGACUAUAGUUUCAUGAUUAUAGUUUAAAUAAUUUGUAAAAAAUAAAAAAAAGUCUUAAGCUGCAUGAAGGAGAGAAAAUCCAGGGUGAGUUCACCCUUCCUCACCAGCUCAGUCCUCCUGAUGCAGUUGUCACAUUAGAUUGUCAAACUUACUUUAUCUGUUGUUUUGUCUUUUUAAUCCAUUGUUUCCUGUGUACAAAGUAACAACCUCCUAUGCUGUAAGUAUUGUGUAAGCACAUUGUCAUACUGAGUGUACAAACAUUUUAGAAUACAAUAAAACAUUUUUUGUAAAAAUGUG